AUGACCAAUGGACAACCUACUUCCGAGCCUGCCAACCCCGUCCCCGAUACUCCGGCCCCGCGCCGAUCCGCCAGAAAUAUCAGCGACGGGAAAACUGUCACCAAGCCCGGCGCCGCCAUGAGUCCCACCGAAGCCGAUCUCGCCAAGGACCAACCACCGGCUAAGCGCCGCCAGAUCAGCCGCAAGAAGGCCGAGUCCGAGGAUGGCGUGCGUCGUGCCAUAAGAGAGCUCACCGAAAUGGAGAAUCGUCUGCAGAAUUCUACCAGAAAUCAGCGUCUUGCCAUCGAGUCAAGCCAUGUUCCCCCUGGUUCGACCAAACCUCACUCAGAAGGACACGCGUACAAACCUCACAUGACAAUCCAUGCGUCAGAUCCAGAGAAGCUCGCUCGGAUGGCCGAAGAGGAGAGAUCUGGUACUCCUAGCCUUGACGCCGCCCCAAUUGAGGGCCCAGAUGGUGAAGGCGCUGUCGGUGACGUCGAGGACGACAAGAUGCGCCUCGAGAAUGCCCCAGAGAGAGGUGCUGGACGGGAGCCGCCCGUUAAUAGUGACUACUUGCCCCUCCCAUGGACUGGAAGGCUGGGUUAUGCGUGCCUUAACACCUAUCUCCGCGCGGCAAAUCCCCCCGUCUUCAGUUCGAGAACUUGUCGCAUAGCGUCCAUCUUGCAACAUCGUCAUCCUCUUGCAGAUCCAUCUCAGCCUGAGCACGCCACCAAGAAUCGCCCUGACGAGAAUCAGCCGGCCGAUAUCCAGCGCGGCCAGAAGUAUGUCGAGGAGCUGGGAUUGGCCAACGCUCGGGACAUUGUCAAGAUGCUGCAGUGGAAUGACAAAUACGGCAUCAAGUUUAUGCGACUCAGUUCAGAGAUGUUCCCGUUUGCAAGUCAUGAGGAAUAUGGCUACCGUCUCACACCCUUCGCCGCGGAGCCUCUUGGAGAAGCUGGAAAGGUCGCUGCACAAUUGGGCCACAGACUAACAACGCACCCCGGCCAGUUCACCCAGCUCGGUUCACCACGCAAGGAAGUCAUCACGGCCGCAGUCCGAGAUCUGGAAUACCACGAUGAAUUGCUCAGCCUUCUUCGCCUCCCGGAGCAGCAAAACAGAGAUGCCAUCAUGAUAUUACACAUGGGUGGCACCUACGGCGAUAAGGCAUCUACGCUAGAUCGAUUCCGUACCAACUACGCCAAGCUGUCACAAUCUAUCAAGAACCGACUUGUCCUCGAAAAUGACGAUGUUGCUUGGUCUGUUCAUGACCUCCUACCUAUCUGCGAAGAGCUGAACAUUCCAAUGGUUCUUGACUUCCAUCAUCACAACAUCAUCUUCGACGCAGGCCAAUUGCGUGAGGGUACUGAGGACAUUAGAAAAAUCUACGAUCGAAUCAGUGCCACAUGGACGCGCAAGAACAUCAAGCAAAAGAUGCAUUACAGCGAGUCGUGCCCAAGCGCCACCACACCCCGCGACCGAAGAAAGCACUCUCCGCGCGUGCGCACUCUCCCGCCGUGUCCUCCCGAUACGGAUCUCAUGAUUGAAGCCAAGGACAAGGAGCAGGCUGUUUUCGAAUUGAUGCGCACAUUCAGGCUUCCAGGGUGGCAAUCGUUCAACAACGUGGUCCCGUACGAGCGGGUUGAUGAGAUCCGGGCCAACAAGGCAGCCGCUAAGAAGGAUGGCAAAAAGAAGCCCAAGCAAUCCAAGAAGAAGAAGAAUGAUGACGAGGAAGACGAGGAGCCAGCGGAAGCUGAUUCCGUCGUUGUGGAAGAGAAAACCAUAGCCCCUGAAGACUUUGGCAUGGGCGGUCCACAACACAGGGUAUACUGGCCAGAGGGCAUGGAAGAAUGGUUGAGGCCCAGGAAGCGGGAGGUGAAGAAGGGAAAAUCGACACAACUAAAGGAUGAGAUCAAGAAGGAGGAUGACUAG